AUUUAAAUCACACGUGUAUUGGUUUAUUGACAAAUUUUAUAACAUCAAAAAAAAAAAGAGAAUUGCACACUAGUCAGAAAAGUUAAUUUUAUCAUUAUUUCUAUUAAUUAUCGUUUAAAAUGAGUAAUGAAGUGAUUUUAAAGGAACCAUUAAUAGUGUUUAAAGAAGAUCAUAUGUUAGCAUGUCCUCAGAAAUGCAGAAUAUAUCAAAAUGAAUUUAAUUUACCGGCGUCAAGUUUAGUAAUGGUUAAAAGUGGUGAAACAAAGAUUAUAUGUCGCUUAUUCUACUUAAAUGAGUGCUAUAACAAUAAAUCAAUGUGCUUUCUUGAUGAUUCUGUCCAAAUUAAUGGUAAAUUUAAGGAAAUCAAAUAUGUUGAGAAGCUGGAAUUGAUUGAUAGAUCCGAAAUAACAGUUUUUAAUAAGGUUUCAGUAAAAAUUUAUGUUGAUUCCGCCAAACUGGAUCUUAAAAUUAUAAAGUCUAAAGAUGAAUUAAUGAAUGUAAUAAAAUCAAUUCUUAAACAUUAUUCAUUCACGUCAAACUCUACUAUUUCAUGCAAACGAUUUGGGAUAAGUCAAAUAUUCGUGACAUCUACAGAUUAUAAAUUUAAAUAUGGAACUUUAAAUGCAGCAUGUGAUUUAGAAAUUGAAGAAAUUCUUACUGAAUCUUCAUCUAGAUGGAAUAAUUUGUCAUUAGGAGGAUUAAGUGAUGAGGAGAAAAAAUUGAGGGAAAUAAUCGAGAAUAAUAUUAAAUAUGCAAAAAAUCCCCGAUACUUUCGAAGCAAACCAACAUGUCAAGUCUUAAUUUGUGGACCAAGUGGAAGUGGAAAAACAUCACUUAUUCAUCAAAUGGCUAACAAAUUAAAUUGCAAUCUAUUUGAGAUAACUGCAGAUAUUUUUAAGCCAUAUCCAGGCGAGACAGAAGAAGAAUUUCAGAAAGUCUUUAAGAAAAUUAUAGAUAUCACCAGUAUCAUUUCGUCAAAUCUCUCAAUCAUUCUAAUUGAAAAUGUUGAAUUGUUUUGUCCAAAAAUUGAUAUGAAGAUUAAAGAAAAUUCCCAUUCUUCGAGAAUAGCAUCAAUGAUAUACUCAUACCUUGAUGAAAUAUAUCGUACAAAAGGGAUUUUAGUGAUUGGAACUACAUCAAAGAUCGAGUUAGUAAAUAUUGCAUUACGAAGAUUCAAUCGAUUGGGAAUUGAAAUUGCUUUAGAGAUGCCGAAUGAGAAUAAACGAUAUGAAAUUACUAAAAUUUUAAUCAAUCGAAUUAUUGGAAAUCAAAUAAUGCUGGAAAAUGUUGAAAAAUUGAGUAAAUUUGUGGCUCAAAACACAUCAGGCUUUGUUGGUGCCGAUUUGGAGAUUUUAUGUCAACAUGCUUUGCGUCAAUAUGAAAUUAAUAAGGAAGACAUUCGUAACAUAUUUGAAGUCGAAUUGCAGAAAAUUAAUCCGAGCGUUAUGCGCGAUAAUCUUGAAACAUUAGUGAAAUCUACAAUGAGCUUCAACGACAUUGGUGGAAUGGAGAGUAUCAAGAAAUCUCUCUUAACAUCUGUUUUGGGGCCUCUUAUGCAUCCAGAAAAAUUCAAUAGUUUUGGUUUAAAAACUAUUUCGGGAAUUUUAUUGUACGGUGCUAGUGGCUGUGCAAAAACGACAUUUGUAAAAUGCUUAGCAGGAGAAUGCAAAAUGACCUUGUUGUCUGUGAGUUCUGCUGAAAUUUAUUCUCCAUAUGUAGGCGAAGCUGAAAAAUUCAUUGUGAAACUGUUCAAUCAAGCUCGUCUUAGUGCUCCAUCAAUUUUAUUUUUCGAUGAAAUUGAUACGAUUGUGGGCAAUCGAACUCACUCAAAUGGAACAAACGAUGCACAUAUGAGAAUCUUAUCAACUUUACUCACCGAAAUUGAUGGCUUUGGAGGAAAUAGUAAAACAAACAAAAAUAAACCAGUUCUCAUUGUAGGAGCUACCAAUCGUCCUGAAUUUUUGGACGGAGCCCUUCUAAGACCUGGAAGAUUUGAUAAAUUAAUUCACGUUCCAGCUCCGGAUUAUGAUUAUCGAUUGCAAAUCUUAAAAUUUCUAUUAGAACAGAGGCCCAUAGCACAAAAUGUAGAUGUUGAAGACAUAGCACGUAGAACCGAAAAUUUCUCUGGUGCUGACUUGGUAAAUCUUUGUAAUGAAGCUGGAUUAUGUGCUGCAACUAGAGAUAUGAAUUGCAAGGAAAUAACAUUCGAAGAUUUUGAAAACGUUUUCGUUUUCAUACGUCCUUCAUUGACAAAAGAGAAAAUUGAGUCUUAUCAAAAAUUCGAGCGUCAUCAUUUCAGCUAAGAUGG